UCACCUAUUGGUGAGGGACAGGCUCAGGUCGGUGUACCCAUCAGCUGUAGCAGCAGAGGAUCUCAGUAUGGUGGACAUGUCUUCUUGUGUGAAUAUAGUCGAUGAAACCAACACAGUCAUGGAACAAACAAGCGGUUACAAUUGGCGGUUUACAACCUAUCUAACUGGUAUCAAGGAACUGAAGUCCCAAAUAUUUGACGCAGAAAUGGAAAUCGAAGGGAUGGAGAAACAAAUAGAUGCAUUAUCUGAUGAAUCCUGGAAGGAACGGAUUGAAGAACUCCUCAGGGACUUUCAGUGUGCUGGAAAAUACUUAGUUUCAAGCUGGGUUCAACAGGACCUAUGUCCGCUCAAGAAGUGCGCCAUACUCUGAAUACAAGUCAAGUCUCCCUCACAGCAAGCAAAGUUCAGUAUGCAUCUUUGGGUGGUUUCAAGCAACUGUCUGUUACACAAGAGGCUUGGUUGUCAGAGUUACAUGACGGACUAAGACAAAGGAAAAAUAUUGCCCCACUUCUCAGAUCGGUCAUAAUCCAAGAGAAAACGGAUCAGUUCUAUCAAGACGUUAAAAAUGUUCUCUUGAGAGAAGCUUUGGGGAUAAAGAAACAUGCAGAAUCUACAGGUUCAAAACAUAUAGUUGCGAUGAUUGGCCACGUUGAAAGUCCAGACAUUCAACAACAUAUGGAGAUGUUCCACAUUGAGCCAGAGAAUGCAAGAAAGGAAUCUGAGAUCCCAUCUGUACGGAAGGAAGGAGGCCAGAUAAAUGAUUUGGAAACUGAGGUGCAGAACACAGAUGCAAAAGAUCUGGAGAGUCGUAGAAGCGAGAUCGAAAAGCUUAAUCAAGAUCUGAACAGUUGUCUGAAGGACAGGGACCAUAGAAAAAACAAAUCCACGAAUUAUACACGGUGGAGUGGCAGGCUGUGAUGGGGUACUUGGCGAGACACACGGCCGUCUUAUCGUUGUUAGACAUGGAGAUACCAAGGUUUGGAGUCUUUCAGAGUACACCAGACAGGCAUGAAUCAACCAUCCCUGGACUUGCAACUGGAGUGCCAGGAACAGCAGCAGUAUCCACACCAGGUCGUGGUGGGGCUGGGAAACAGACGGGGACUUCGAAAGGGAAAGAGCAAAGACUUCACAUCUCCCGUUCAACAGCAUCACAAUCUGCUUAACGCGAAUGAUGGAG